ACUGUAUGCGUGGGCAGGGAGCAUGGUGAGCCGCUCUGGAGUCUCAAAAGGGAUUAUCUGCAAGGCUGUGAUUAUUUAAACCACGCAACUGAUUUGAGCUUUUUGCAAUGGGAGAUCGGAAAUCUAAAAUCCCAACUAGAUCAUAUGGGGGACUCUCUCACAAAGGCUGAGGAAAAGGUUCAGGCUCAGAUAGAUUUGCUUAAUAAACAGGAGGAGGACAGUGCUCUUCAGAGGGAGCUCCUGCAGCAACAACUGUCUGCUUCUGAAGAGGAGGUAAAGAAGAUAAAGGAAGAGAUCCAGUCCAAAGAGGAACAGAUGAUCCUGCUAAAGACUGAGAGCUCAGAGCAGUCUGAUUUGCUACAUCAAGAGAUCCAAUGUUUAAGGAAACAGGUGGAGGCUCUUGGCUCCUCACUAAGGAUGGCUGAGGAGCAGCUGCAAUCCAAGGAAGAUCUGUUGUCUCAGCAACAAGCUGACUUGACACAAAAAGCAAAAGAGAAUGCUGAGGUCUAUGAAAAAUCUCUGACUGAGAUAAAGGCUGAGAGCUCCAAACAGUCAGAUACUCUCCAGCAUAAGAUCCAGAAUCUGAAAGGGGAAGUGCAAAUCAUUUCUCUAAAACUUCUGACUACAGAACAGAAGUUACUUGAAACUGAGCAGGAGUCUGCUCAGAAGAUAAACCUCCUCGAGCAGCAGCUUGUGUCAGUAAAUGCAGAGCUGAAUCAACACAAAGAGACACGGGCUGCAAACCUCAAGCUAAAGGAGGCUGUGCAACAGUUGCAGGUUUCCACACUCAGGGAGAAGGAGGCUCUUGUUGAGCAAAAAGAAGCCCUAGUGGACAGGAUACUUCAGGCAACAAACGAUUAUGAAGCUCUGGAGAAACGAGUUGAAGCCAUAGUGUUUGAGAAGGAGAGACUUGCUCAAGCCAAGCAGGCCAUUGAAAGAGAGAACAUAGCUUCCCGUAAACUGGUGUCUGUGCUGCAGCAGGAGGUGGAACUGUUGAAAAUGGAGAAGGAGAAACUUUUGAAAGAGAGAGAAAAAUCUGAAGAAAUUGAGCUGAUCAAGAGAGGCCUACAGGAACAACUUGCAGCUAAAUCAGAGGCUGCAGAACACUACAAAGCUCAGAUGGAGAAUGCUGUGAGUCAUUACAAUGGCAAGAAGCAGCUUCUUCAAAAAAGCCAAGCAGAAGUGGAUGAACUCAAACAUUCCUUAGAGGUUAAAGACCGUGAAGUAAAGGCUAUUGUCAUGGAGAAAAAGCUGCUUCAGCUCGACCUGGACAAGGCCCAAACCAAUGAGAAGAAACUUUUGAGCCUAGUGGCCAGUUUGGAGGCACAGCUGGCCUGUGCUGACCAAACCCUGCGAGCUCAGAAUAAGAUUCAUGGCGGUGCAACAGAGUCGUGUUACUUGGAGGUUCCCAACACACUCUCAAGUGUUUGCACUGGUACACACGUGAAGAGGACCAUGAGCUCUGACAGCCUGGACCAGAGCUCCCUGGAAGACUCCCUGAACACCACAAGGAAACUUUCAGCACCUGGUGAAUCCAGCACACCUCUUGUUCGCAGUUCAGAACGUUUGGCAGCCAAACGUCGGGGUCUGCAGGCUGAGUCACUGGAAACCUUGUACUUUACACCAAUAAACACCAGACAGACCAACAGAACUACAACAAAUCACAAUGUAGAACUGGAUUCAGCCUGCAAAAAUCCAUCUUCAUCCGUCAAACGACGCAGGACCACACAGGUUAUAAACAUCACCAUGACCAAGAAAACUCCAGGUUGCAGUGAAGGUGAUGAGACUUUCUACAGCUUGCCUUCUGCUCGCUCUCAACCAAACCUCUCCAAUGCCCACUCUGCACGGCCCGUGUCUAUGGAGCUGUUUGACACACCUGCCGGGAUGACCACUGAUGCCAGUGACCAGCUCAUUGGCCUUCCUGGGUAUAGACGGAGCACAAUUCAUUCACAGACCGCUGGAACAUUCUGUGUGGGAACAGAGAAUGAGCCUGAUGGUGCACCUGAUGAUUGGCUGAGGAUUGCUGAGCUGCAGGCCAGGAACAAAGCCUGCCUUCCUCAUCUAAAGAGCAGCUAUCCUGUGGAGUCUGAGACUGGCCGUGGUGGUGCAUUCAUUUUCACAGAUGAUGAACUCCGUACAGGAGACCCAUCAGACACAAUCCGUAGAGCGACCAUGAACCCCGGCCAGCUCCACGACUCCCUUGCCUCCCACCGCCAGUCUCUCAUGCUGGGACAGGCAGGUGCUGCAGCCGGGACUCGUUCUCACCGGCUGUCCUUGAUGCCAGGCCAGCUGUCAUCCAAAACUGUCAGCUCAUCUCAGAUCAGAAGCCCAAAAGGCACAAAGCGGUCGACAAUGUCUGUGUAUCAAGUUUCCCCUGAGAAAAAGACAAAGACCAGCUGCUUCCCUCAUCCACUCACUCCCAAAAAUAAGAAUAUGAGUAGUGGACAUUCAGGAUCUCAUCUUCAACCCAUCCUCAGUCCAGCUGACCGGAGGCAGUCAAUGAUGUUCACUAUUGACAACACCCCCAAAAAGAACAACUACCUAAAGAAAGGCCUGAACAAACUACGCAGCUCCACCCGGAAAUCUCCAGGCACAAGUUCAAAGAAAUCACCUGCUCCCUCAAGUGCACGCAAAGGCCAGGAAAACCUGCCGUCAGGAGUUUAUCGUGCUGGAGUAGGACGAGCUGGCAGAGUUGGCAACUUUAAGUCACCCCAAGUGCCAACUAAAGGACUGAGGAAAUCCCCACAAACCUCCAGCAGGUCUGCGAAGUCUCCAGGGCUGACAGCCAGCGCUCGCAAGAUGAUGAGCAGGAUGAAAGUUUGAGGACUCUUUGCGGAUCGGAGUUGUGAUCAUCUACAGUUUGACCUGAUCGUACUUUCUUUUGUUGUUGUUUUUAUUUCACAAACACAUUAUGAUUUUACUGUUUGUCCGUUGGGGCUCUUUUGCAAUCUUCUUUUUAAUCUACCUUGUAUUUUUUCUGUAUUUCUGUACUUUUCUGUAUUAUAUUUACAUAUUUCAAUUAAACGAUUUAAUGGAAAGCCUACAA